AACCAGAUGAGGGCACUGGAUCCUCUGGACCUGGAAAUACAGACUGCUAUAGUUGCCACAUGGUUGCUGGGAACCAAACUCCAAGACUUCUGGAACAGCAGCAGGGGCUCUUAACCCACUGAGCCAUCUCUCCAGCCCCCCCUGUGCUUUGUAAAAAUUUAAACAAUUUUAAGGAUGACAUGCAUAGAUAUGCUUAUGUGGAUGGGAAAAAAGCUCAGAGGCCUUAACUCUAGACAAAGACCUAUACCCAAUUAAGGAAUCCUGAGAGCAGGAGAAAUAGUGUUUGGUAUUGGUUAUCCAAUACCAAGUGAUCAGCCCUGAAAAUCUGUAUACGAGUAACAUCAUACAGACCAAGCAUGUCGUAUUUAUUUAGGAGUGUGUGUCUGUAUGUAACAAUAAAUAAGAGGUCAUGAAUUUGAAAGAGCAAUGGGGUAGGGGAAGUAUUCAUGGGAAGGCUUAGGGAGAAGAAAGAGGGAAAUUGCAUAAUUAUAGUCUCAAUACAAUUUAAAAACAAAAAUUAAGCCAAUUUUACAUUUUUAGUUUGGUUUAUGUGUAUGUGUACAUGCAUGUGCACUGGCACCAUGGUUUCUGUCCCAAGGCAUUGUACCAUGGUGCCUGAGCCACAGUGUGCAUAUGGCGGUCAGAAGACAGCCGGGAGGAGUUAGUUUUCCUCCAAUGUGGCUUCUAGGUAUCAAAUCAGGUUCAUGUGACUUGGCAGCAAGCACCUUUAGUCACUGAGCCAUAUUCCAGUCUACUGUGCUUUAUUUCUCUACCUUGAUUACAUUCUCCCAUAGGUUAAAUUAAAAGGAAGAUUGGAGUUUGCUCUCCAGGUGAACAUAGGCUGUGAGGGUGAAGCUAGACCUCGGCUUGUCUCCCUCUCUAGACUCCUAGUUUUGUGAAGAAAAUGGUCUUACAAGGAAAGAGGGGAUACAAUUUUUUAUUGGCAUUUUUGUUUCCAAACCAAAGAAGGCUCAGAAUUGUAUGCUAAAUUACAUUUUUGUAAGCUCCUCUUCACUUACCAGGCUUAUGGAGCACAGGUUGAUAUGACUGAUUUUUAAAGUGAAACAACUGCAUCUGCCCACCAUCUAGGGUCAGACUCCUGCUUGAUUCUGCUAAAGCUUGGUGAUCACUAAGAAGUAUGUCUACCUAAUGUAGUAGCUGACGGUGAGGCCAUUCUGAAAGGCCUUCAGUCCAUUUUUCAGGAGCAGGGGAUGACAGAGUCAGUGCACACCUGGCAGGACCAUGGCUAUUUAGCAACCUACACGAACAAAAACGGCAGCUUUGCCAAUUUGAGGAUUUAUCCCCAUGGAUUGGUGCUGCUGGAUCUUCAGAGUUACGACACUGACACACAAGGCAAACAAGAAACGGACAGGCUUUUGAACAAAAUAGAAGAAAAAAUGAAAGAACUGAGUCAGGACAGUACUGGGCGGGUGAAGCGUUUACCACCCAUAGUUCGAGGAGGGGCCAUCGACAGAUACUGGCCUACUGCUGAUGGGCGCCUGGUUGAGUACGACAUAGAUGAAGUGGUAUAUGAUGAAGAUUCACCUUAUCAGAACAUUAAAAUCCUACACUCAAAGCAGUUUGGAAAUAUUCUCAUCCUCAGUGGUGAUGUUAAUUUGGCAGAGAGUGACGUGGCAUAUACUCGAGCCAUCAUGGGCAGUGGUAAAGAAGAUUACACUGGCAAAGAUGUGCUGAUCCUGGGAGGUGGAGAUGGGGGCAUAUUAUGUGAAAUUGUGAAACUGAAACCAAAGAUGGUCACUAUGGUAGAGAUUGACCAAAUGGUAAUUGACGGAUGUAAGAAAUUCAUGCGAAGAACAUGUGGAGAUGUCUUAGACAAUCUUAAAGGAGACUGCUAUCAGGUCCUCAUAGAAGACUGUAUUCCAGUACUGAAGAGGUACGCCAAAGAAGGGAGAGAGUUCGAUUAUGUGAUUAAUGAUUUGACAGCUGUCCCGAUCUCUACAUCUCCAGAAGAAGAUUCUACAUGGGAGUUUCUCAGACUGAUUCUUGACCUGUCAAUGAAAGUUCUGAAACAGGAUGGGAAAUACUUCACACAGGGGAAUUGUGUCAAUUUGACUGAAGCCCUGUCACUCUAUGAAGAACAGCUGGGGCGCCUGUAUUGUCCUGUGGAAUUCUCAAAAGAGAUUGUCUGUGUCCCUUCAUACUUGGAAUUGUGGGUAUUUUACACUGUUUGGAAGAAAGCUAAGCCUUAAAGAUGAGCAUCCCCUGAAUGUCGUGUGCUGCAAGCCGCCUUCCUGACUUCCAUUUGCUCUGUAUGCCAUCAACCAAGUCAGGCAACUGGUCAUGAAUUCCUUCAAGUGUUUUUUUGUUUGUUUUUAAUUAUUAUUUUUAAUUUAAAAAAAGCCAAUGGGAAAAAUGUAUAUUUUGAUGAGCUAGGGUGUUAAUUUUUGAAAGUCAUCCGAAGGACAAUUAGACAGCCCAGCGAAGACUGCGGAAUGCACUGACCCCCUAGAAUGUGACUUUAGGAUCUUUCUUUUUUUUUCUCUGUGUGGGGUUUGGGUUUUAGUUUUGGCUUCAGUAGACUUUAAUUUGGACUUGUGGAGGAAUGAACAUCAUUGUUUGUUCUGGAGAGAAGUUCCUGAUAGUGUUUCUCCCUCCCCCCACCCCCAAAUUGACUUAGAUUUUAAAAUUUGGUGCUUUCAAAAGACAUGAUUAGCAGUGCUUCAAUUAAAAUUACAAAAGA